AUGCAGAUAGGUUGUAUAGAGAGCGCGAGUAACACAGCUCGCAGGCAACCACCCACAGCCAGUCUCAGACUGGCACAACUACUGCAACCAAACGGCAUAAACCGGACAACGGCGAAUCUAAGCAAACCAACCCAAUAUGGCAAACCCAAGAGAAGAAAAGGGGCACGCGAUGUUCGUGCAUAUCCUUAUUGUAAGGUGAUGCCAGCCCCACAUCGUUUCAGUCAAUGUCUCAUGAAGGCAUCGAAUCAGACCAAGCAGGCUGAGGAGCGUGUCAAGAACGAUAUACAAGUAGCAAGAUUGUCCAUUGCCUCCGGCAGGGUAGAAGACAUCACAGAUGGUGAUGAGCACUGA